AUGGGGCGUACGGGAGAGACAGUGAUAGAAGGUCCCUCAACGACAGGGACAGCAGAGACAGAGGAGACAGCCGAAACAGAAACAGCAGAGGAAACAGCAGCGACAGCACCGAACGAGGCGAAAGAAGGGACCGAAGCAACAACAGGAAAGAAGAGAACGGAACCGACGGAAGCGACCGGAGCAACAGACAAAGAACUUGACAUCCGAAGAGCCGGACAAAGACAACUUUUCUGUCGCCCAAAGGACGAACAAAGCAAGCGCGAACGGUCGAUGGAGGAGGAGGAGCGUCAUUUCGUCGCUUACCUCGACUCUGUUGGCUCUCGCAAAGCGAAGAGGAAAAAGCAGGAGGGCAAAGAGGAGCAUCCGCAACGCGAAGACGACGAGGGUAACCACCGGACGGGCAAAGCAACAACAGGAACCACGGGAGCCGCAACCAAAUCAGUAUUCUCCCCAGCGGAGCAACACACCAACCAGACCACCCUCAACAACAACGGAGGAGACAGCAACAGACUCCAAAUUGACACCGCAAGGGCGCAGAGAACACCACAGAUCACUUCGUUCGCAGGGGCGGAAGAAGAAGAAGGUCCCAAAGAGACAGAGGAGAUCCCACGCACGCACACCCAGAAGGCCAGACUCCCCAGAAACAGGGACAGCCACGUCGUCGACAUCCAUGUCAGACACACAAGAGCCGACGUACCGGACAUAUCCCCAGAAACAGCGAGAGGUGUAGGAACAGCACCAGUUGCAAGCAAAGACUGGGUUAUUGCUUCACAACCAAAGCCAAAGGUAACCCCAGAGGAAACUUCUUUGAUGGGUUGCCGGAUGGUAGGCAAGCUACCACCACUUACGCAGGCCAAACCCGCAACACGCGCAAAGUCCACGGAGUACCACUGUCUAUCACUUUUUUGGCACGUCACAGGGGCCGAACGAAGGAGGAAAGACUGCUUAGUACCCUCGGAGGUCACAGAGGGCAAAGCAAAAGGGGAGAGAAACACAGACGAAAAGGCUACAGCUUCAGGAGAGGAAGCAGCAGCAGGAGAGCAAGCAACAGCAGGAGAGGAAGCAGCGACAGGAGAGGGGAGAACAGAAGGAGAAGCAACAACAGAAGAAGACGACACCACAGAAGAAGAAGAGGACACCAACGAGUUUUUUUUAGCCUGGGAGGCCGGUGUAAUUCUGCCAUUGCAGAGAACGAAAAGCUCCCCAAUCUCCACUGGUUGUGGAUUACCCAAUGGUGGGCCACCACUACUGGCAAAGGCGCAGACCAAACCAAAGAAAGAAGCAAGUUUCUCCCAAAGGAAAACAAAGGCAAAGCUGGCGUGGAACCAGGCGAAGACAAAAAACAAGUGA